AUGUCCGCCAUCUUCGACUCUUCCUCGCCGUACGGUGCGGCAGGCGGCGGCGGCGGCGGCGUCAGCUACCGCGCCGGCGGCGAUCCGUACGGCGGCAGCGGCGCCAGUGCCUCUGCGCUGCGCGGCGGCGGCGGGCCGUCGGGCGCCGCGCCCACGGGCGCCGCGCCCCUCUCCUUCUACUCGUCGUCCGCCAGCGACGCAUAUGGCGGCGUCGGGGGCGGCGGAGAUGCGCGCCCCAGCCUCGAGGGCAACAUGAGCGGCAGCUUCGGCGCCGCCGACCGCGCCAUGCUCAAUGCGCAGAUGGGCUUCUGGAGCGCCUUUGGCACCGGCGGCUUCCCCGACGAGCCGGGGCUGAUGGAGGAGCUCGGCAUCAACUUCUCGCACAUCCUCGACAAGUCGCUCACCGUGCUCAACCCCGUGCACCGCUACUCGGCCGCACACCAGCGCGACGCGCACAUGAUGGACGACACAGAUCUGGCAGGCCCGCUGAUCUUCUGCUUUGCGUUUGGCAUGCUGCUGCUGCUGUCGGGCAAGUCGCAGUUCGGCUACAUCUACGGCGUGGCGCUGCUGGGCGACGUGUCGAUCUACAUGCUGCUGAAUAUGAUGUCAGAAGAGGGCAUCGACGCAUAUCGCGUCGCCAGCGUGCUGGGCUACUGCUUGUUGCCGCUCUGCAUCCUCGCGGCGAUCAGCGUCUUCGUGGCGCUCGACUCGCUGCUCGGCUACAUCGCGGCGCCGCUCUUCAUUCUCUGGUCGUCCAGCUCGGCGUCAGGCAUCUUCGUCUCGAUCAUGCGGCUCAGCGAGCAGCGCUUCCUCAUCGCCUACCCCGUCGGCCUGCUCUACUCCGUCUUUGCGCUGCUGAGUAUCUUCAACUUCGGCGGGCGAUGAGCGAGAGUGGGCGGGCAAUAGACCAGGGUUACAGCAGUAUCAAGCAGCGUAGCGUGCAGGCAAGGAGAGCAGGGCAAAAAAAGUGACAGACAGCGCGACCCCAUCAGCGACCACGCAGC